AUGUUCAAAAUUUCACUCCCAUGGAUUGCCCUAUGGGCCUUGCUAAGCGCCUCCGACCUUGUCCACGGCACCAGUCUUCAAAGCUCGUCGAAGCAAUUGCAUGCUCGUCAAGCCGUCCAUCGGCCGAAUCCGCUGCGCAACUUUGAGGUCCGGGAGCCCCCUUCAGUGCCUAAAAGCCAGCCUUGUGAAGUGGCGAUCGUCGAACAUACUUUCGUCACUUCGUGGGGAAAGCCCGCAAAUGCUAGUUUUACUCCACCUAAAAAGUGCGGUCGACCCGGUAGUUGGGCAUCCGUAAUCUUCAAUUUGACUGCUACUUCAAUCGGCACACAAUAUGAUAGAGUCGGGAUGCUUUAUCUAAAUGACAUAGAAGUUUGGAGGACAUCAACAGCCGAACCUACGAAAGAGGGAAUAGUAUGGACAGUGACCCGGGACAUGACGAAAUACAUCCCACUGUUAUCUGGUCCUGCUUCGUUCUCCUUGGACAUCGGGAACACAGUCGACCAGUCGCUGGACUUGACUGGCAGCUUCGAAGUCACGCUGUCUGCCAAGUUCUAUCCUCCCUCUCUAGAGUUCCCCGCAGCCAAGCAAGCAGACCGAAUCCUCAACAUGGGUCAUGGCUCGGGUAACAACAUGACCAGUUUUAUGAGCUUCCCUCAGAAUAUCGCGACGGCAUACUUGGAGUUGUUUGCUAGUGGGCGUGGCAAAGAAGAGUUUUGGUAUACCAAUGUGCCAGACGUCUACCGGUCGAAGCUUGAUCCAACCAAUGCUGGCACUGUGACCGGGAAGGGUUCAUUCCGAGAAGUCCAGGUUUGGAUUGAUCACCGUCUCGCAGGGGUUGCCUAUCCAUUCCCAGUUAUAUAUACGGGUGGGAUUCUCUUGGCAUGGUGGAGACCAAUCGCUGCAAUCGGAGCUUUCGACGCGCCCACAUACGUCCUCGACAUUUCCCCCUUUGUCCCGCUGCUGGCGGACUCGAAACCGCACAACUUUACCUUGCGGGUGGUAGGACAGGGGGAAAAUGGGUCGAUCAAUGAGGAUUGGGUCUUCAGCGCCGCCGUUUUUGUCGGCUUGGAUCCCAGUGCCACCCGCACCACCGGCAGUAUUCUUACCCAUUUUACGGACUCCAAGACGACGGUCGAAGUGCCCAAGGACAUCCGAAUCCCCCCCAACCUCGAUCCCAAGUCAUUGACUAGCUUCACUACCCGCAGCUUCAGACAACUCUCCAUUUCUAGUAGUGUCGUCACGGGUACCGGCGAACUCAAAAUCGUCAAAGUCGAACAAGACAUGACUUUUGUUAAUCAACAGACCUGGGCGGCUGAUACAGCUUACCAAUCGAUUGUAAUGACCAGUCAAGGUAACAGCAUUUCCACCCAUGGUGAUACGGCAGAAAAGAUCGACAACUUCCGCUAUCCAUUCAACCUGACCCUCUCCGCCUUAGCCGUCCCGUCCGCAACGAAGAUUGUCGGACACCUGAACCAUAAAUACAGUCGCUCCCAAGUCUUCCCCUUCUCCUCCAGUUUGGGAAAGAUUGCGAUUGAGACCACGCAAGACGCAGCGGGCGAGCUGGUGGUAGACCAGAAGGGCCGAGCGCUGAGUGGGCUCGGAAGAACGAUCCAGUCGUUCACUUACAAGGAUGGCAAAGGUGGCUCGUACGCUCGAGAUGUUGACAUCUAUAAUUCUACCAAGACCAUCAGAGACAAGGAGUCGGGCACGCUUCUUCCCGCCAUCAAGACCGAGAGUCUCACAACUUUAUCCGUAUCAAAUACUCCCCUCGAGACCAGCCUUCUAUCGACAGACUCAUUAUCAACAAGCGGCCCCGCUCCUAAAGGUCUCCCUGAAAACGCUUUCUCAACUAGUGCCAUCUCUUUCUCAGAAGACCAGCACUUGCAUGGCGAUGAAACUCUCCGAGGUGCUCCUUGCAAGACCUUGCAUGCCCCAGCCCCGCGUCCAAAAUCUAAAACCCCUCCCCAAUAA